AGGAGCCAGCGCGCGGUUAGAGCUCCAGCCGCGCGGGGAGCGCGUCGCGCCCGCGCCCGUCCCGCCGGGAAUGGACUGAGCCGCGCGGGCGGCCCGUGCUGAGUCCGUCCUGCCUUUGCCGGGUCGCGCUACGCCGGGCUCCGGACACAGGACAGCGCCUUGCCGGUUCCCCGCGGACUGCCCCGAACCCGCAGCCGAGCCGGGGAGAUGUCAGGCGGUCGGAAGAGGGGCGGCGCCCCCUGGCACACCUUUUCCCGGUUCUUCGCACCCCGAAGCCCUUCGCGGGACAAGGAAGAGGAAGAGGAGGACAGGCCAGGGACGAGCCAGCCGCCCGCUCCAGGACAGGACCCUGCCAGUGUUGAAAAUGAGCCCAUGAGCACAAGUCAGAAAAAGGAAAAUGUACUUUCAUCAGAAGCAGUAAAGAUUCCCCAAAGUGAGGACAAAAGGAACCAUGCUGAGAAGUUAAUCACUCUUCCAAGGCAGGAAGAUUCCAAAAAGCCAAAUGACCUUUCCCGUUCCACCUCAGAUACCAAAAUAGGAGAAAACGAUAGACAGCCAAAAGAAAGCUUUUUUCAGUUUCUUGGUAACUUAUUCAAUAUCUCAGGAAAAGCAUCUCUUAGUGAUGCCAAGCAGUCUUCUUUCAAAGGUGACCAUGACAGAACUGAAAAAGAUCUACAAAAUCCCAGUGACCAUCCUGAGGAAGAGGUCAAAAGGGAGAGGGAGAUUUUCAGUGGCUCCCUGGGAACAAAGGCGCUUCCAGCAGAAGAAGCAGAGAACUCAGAUGAAACCUCAGAUGCCUUUUCUUCGGAUACAACACAUGACAGUGAACAGGAAGCCAGUGAUUUACUAAAACAACUGGAUGGCAAACCAGAGAGGCCUUCAGUAACGUAUGCAACAUAUCGAGGCCCCAGACAAAUCAGGAAAUAUUUGAAGCACCAGACUGCAUUGGAAACUGUGACUCCCUCGGACAGAGAAAGUGAAAGUUCUGACUCUAGUACAAGCAUCCAUAUUGGUCCUGGAAGCGAGACAGAGGCAAGGAUGACAUCGUCAUUGUCAUCAGCUAGCACAGAUGUAUCUGUGAAAGGACAUUUGUUCGAAGGCCUUUUAGAAGACUCUGAUUGUAGUGAAAUAAAUCUUAACAUGGAAAGCCAUCUGACAAACAACCCAGAAUUGCCCAAUACUGCUUUUUCUAAGGAUGUUUUAAAUAAAAAUGAUCCUGGGGGACCUGUGAGAAGUAGGUCAUCCCCUUCUUCUGGGACUAACUCCAGCUCCCCUGUUACAGAAUCUGACUCACAGCACCAUUUAAGUGGUGCACCAGUUUCUCAGACUGACAGAAAUUUGGUAUUAUGUUCAGUGUUGUUUACAGGAAGUAACGGUAGUAAAAUUCCUUCCAGUUCAGAUUUUCAGGGGGUAACAGAAACUCCAGUGAAGGAAGCCAGCUCGGUGAUGAGUGAUGGGACCUUGGUGCAAAGAGAACAUGUUGAGCCUGUGAGCCCUGCUGUUUCUGACUUCUCUUAUAGGAAAUCUGAUGGGAGCAACACUACCAAACAGGGAAGUACAGAUCUGCCAAAUUCAAAUAAAUCAAUUAGGCUUGAAGAUCCACAGUUGCCAGAGAGUAAGUGUUCUGACAAGCAAACCGCAGACAACUCAGCAGAGCAGGCUGCCAAUCACGCCAGUAUCCCCACUCUUCAGAGACGUGCUGUGACAGAACCUGUAAAUGAAGGAGACAGAUUGUGUGCCCAAGACUCACAGAAAAAACUGGUUGCUAGAAGAAUCAAACAAGAAACAGAAAGCACCUUGGUUGGUGAACCCACAGCUUCAAGUCUCGUAAAAGCUCUAAAAGAUAGAAUUGAGCCAUUACCCAAAGAUACUGACCAGUCAUUUGUAACAGAAGCCAAAAAGCCUGAUUUUUGGCCACAUGGCAAAAUGUCUCACGUGGUUAGAUUAAAUCAAAACAGCCCUGCUUCUGUAAAACAGAUCAGUGAAUCAGCCAUUGUAGCAUGCUUAGAAAGUAAAAUAGCACCUGAACUGGGUCUUGAACCUACCCGAAAGCACAUUUCAGAAUCUCUUCUUGAUUCUGAGAGUCUUCAACAAGCCAAAGCAUCUGCUGGUGUCAGAACAUCUCUUACCCUUGAUUGUAAAAAAUCAGAUUUAGGUAUUUCAUCUCCUACCUUUGUUUCCAGAGUUCCAAGCAAAUUAGAUAUUCCUGUUUUAAAAGACGAAUGUUCUUCUGUGCUCCCUGAAACAGGGGAUGUCAACGUUGUUGGUAUUUCCAUUCAGCCCGGUCAGUGUCAGUGUUAUGUGGCAAAUCAUGCUGAGGCAGCAGAUGGGAAGAGUCUUCCUGCUUGCCUUCAUCUUAAGCAUGCCUCUGCAGCUCUAGAAUCCAAGGACGUUCUUCCUGAAGGCGAAAAAGGUCAGUUUCUACUAGAUCUUAAAGCCAGAGAUGUUCAUGUAACUAGAGUAGACUCGAGAUUGGAGUCUGAAAGCUUCUUUGAGGACCACAGUUCCAUUUCAUUUCAAGACCCUACUAAAGCAGAAUUGAUGCUUUCCAACACAAGACCAAGUAAGAGCACUAUAGAGAAGUCUCAUUCUCUUUCCUUGGAAACCAAACCUAACAUUGCCAACAUUUUAUCAAAAGUGGAAGUUGAUGGUCAAAACAGUGUUCCUAUUGAGCUGCAUUCUGGAAGAGGGAACACUGUAGCCCUCUCCAAGAUAGCUGUUUCCCAAACAGAGCCCAGAGACAUUUCUCAGGAUAAAACUUCUUCUCCAUUUGAAGUUACAGAUCUUCCAGGAAAGCUUGUUUUAUUGAAAUUAAGUUCCCAAGAGGUUGAACAGAGCAAAAGUUUUCAAUUGAUGGACCAUAAAGAGGGCAAAGAGAAGUAUUCAUUUUCUGGCCCUGAAGAGAAUUGUCAAACUGAAGUUUCUCUUCCUGCCUCCAAAUACCAAGGUAUUCAGGAAACAGAGGCAGAAGCCAUAGUUUAUCUUCCUGCUUUUCCCAAAAGUAAUACGUUUGAGAUUUUACCUCUUGUUCCUAAUGAAAAAUUCACUAGGCAAAUGGCACAGAAUUAUGAAGCUAGUGCUUGUGUAAUUCAUCAAUCUUCAGAUAUUUGUGGGACUAGAAAGAUGUCUGGUUUCUCAGAAAUGGCAAAACUCAGCCUAACUAGUGCUUCCCCACAAUUUGAAGAAACUGACAGCACAAAAGUAAAUUCACCUUUUCUGGAUUCUGAUAAAAGUUCAGAAAAAAAUGCCUUUGCAUCUGAGGGUUCACACUUUCAUAAUGCUCCUGUGUUGAAAUCAGAAAAGAAAGCCUUAUUUCAUAGAAAGAAAGCGAAUCCUCAUUUCCUAAGUGAUAGUAUUGAUAGCAUGUCUUCCUCCAGUACCUCUGAAGAAAGCGUGGUUUUAAGUUCACAUAAUCCCCCAAAUAAUUUCAGUUCUAUAAAAGUUACCAUGGAUGCCACACAUGAAGGUGCCUCUUUAACUAACCUGCUGUACCCUAAGAGCUCUUAUUUGGAAUUGGAAACACCUGUCCCAACAGGGUCAGAAGUGACCCCAUUUCAGAAACAUUUUGGGAAUCCUACUGGGAAGGGAUCUCUUGAUUUCCCAACUGCUGCCCAAUUUGACAAUCCCACGGAAGCAGAGAGUGGAGCAGUUGCUGGGGCUUUAACGUCAGUUAACAGCUCAAGCCAGCAGUGUUCUGAAGCAUCUACUGAGCACAUAGAAGCAAGGAGGAGAGCACAUGACCAACUUUUGGACCUCAAAAGUGGUUUACUAAAAAAGGCUGAUACAUUGAUUAGUGAAAUUUUUACCUCUGUCAGGGAAGAAUUAAAAUCUAAACACAUAGUUGCUACCUGCCAGGAGCAUAUAGCCACAGACGGCGUAAUGAAUCCAGGUACUCUGAAAGAAGACCUCCCUGAGAAUAACCCAUCAGAAGGGACACUGACAGGGACCCAAUUGACAGAGCAUUUGGAAGAGCAGGGUAUGGAAAGCAGGUCAGCUGUCCAAGGGGAAGAAAAAGUCUGUGUUUCACCUACAGCUGGUGAGAAGAGUCUCCUUUUUGAUUCUGAUAGAAUGAAUUUAUCUUGUUUGUUAGAAGAUCAAGCUAGGGAAUUAGUCAAUGAGAUUAUUUAUUCAGCCCAAGAAAAUUUGACAAAUGAUCCUUUUGAAGAUACUAAGGAUACCUGGGAUUCUGAACUUCAGGAUAAUACUUCAAAAAUUCUGAACAGUGAUAAUGUUAAGCCACACGAUACAUUAAGGGAGUUCUUGGUGUCCGAACAGGCAGUAAAUCAAGGCACAUGUGAAAUUAGUGAAAAUAAAGUAUUAGGUAGGUUCUUCUCCGUAAGUGACCUAGUUAAUGACCCAGAGUCAGCUAAAGGAAGAGAAAUUGUUCUCUACCAAAAGUCCCCUUUUUCUGGAAAUGGAGCUGAACAGUCUGAUAGUAGAAAUUUGCUGAAAGCAGAUACUGUUUUGCUAGUGGAAGACACAUGCCAUACAGGGUUAGAUAAUAAGGUAAAAACACAUUUAUUUUUCAAAGAGGACUCUAAAGAGAAAGUGGAAAUAGAGUGUGUGGAUAAUCACAACACUGGGACAGAGAAUACAAGGACUCUUGUAUUAAAUUUCAAAUGGCCUCCAUUUGCAAAUGAUGACCUUCAUGUACCCGGGACAUCCAAAAGCAGUUUGUCUGAUAGUCUUGUGUGUAUAUCUGAAAAAAGCUCACUGGGACACAGUAAUAAAAGCACACUCCUUACAUCAGAAGUAGGGAAAGUACACAAGAAAGAUAUUGAAGUAAAUAUGGGGAGAAUGGAGCUUAGACCUUCCAUGUUAGAACUGGGAGAAACAAACAAAAAGGAUGCUGAGUUGAAUAUUAUGAAAUAUGAGGCAAUCCCUCCUGUGUCAGAGAUGGGAAGAGCAUAUGAAAAGGAGGCUGAAUUGCAUAUCACAAAAACUGAGCCAAUAGCUGACAUUCUUACAGUGAGAGAGAGAUACCAAGUAGGGAUUGAAAAAACUGAGGGAUUACCUGCCAUUUUAGGAAUGAAAAAAGCUUAUAAAAAGAGAGAUAUUGAAGGUGAUCUUGGCAAAAUUGACAUGCUGCCUGUUAUUUCAGAAGUGAAAAAUCUCUACCGAAAAGAUGCUGAGGUAAUUACGGGAAAGACUGAAAUGAUACUUCCCACAUUAGAGAUGGAAAAUAUUUACCAAAAGGAUGCUGAAGGGGAUAUUGUAAAGACUGAGGUGACACCUGUUGGAUUAGAAAUGGGAAAUAUUUACCAAAAGCAUGCUGAAGGUGAUGUUGGCAAGACUGGGAUUACAGCGGUUAUGUCAGAAAUGGAAGAUAUCUACCAAAAAGACUUUGAGGGGAUUACUGAAAAGACUGAAUUGAUACCUGCCACAUUAGAAAUGGAGGAUAUUUACCCAGAGGAUGCUGAAGGGGAUAUUGAGACUGAGGUGAUACCUGUUGGAUUAGAAAUGGAAGAUACUUACCUAAGGGAUGCUGAAGUGGAUAUGGACAAAGCUGAGGUUAUGCCCAUUAUGUUAGAAGUGGUAAAUAUCUAUGAAAAAGAUGUCGAAGGCAUCACUGGAAAGACUGUAAGACCUGUAUUGGAAAUACCUUAUCAGAAGGAUGCUGGAGAGGGUAUUAGGAAAACUGAAAUGAUAGAAGUGGAAGAAGCACACAAGGCAGCAGCCCCUGCCUCCUUAGAAAUGGAAAAACCAUGUAAGAGAGAGGCUAAAGAGAUUCUCGGCAUGAUGGUGUCCAUGCCCUCUCCAAGAGAAAUGGAAAGACUAUCUCCACAAGAUUCUGAUGAGGCUCUCAGGAAACACAAAGUGUUAUCCACAAUGAUAAACAUUCAGAAAACAUACGGAACAGAUCUGGAAUUGCCUAUUACACAAGUAGAGGCCAUGCCUCCCAUAUAUGAAGCUGAAGAAACCCCGCAAGAGUCUGGUGGACAGAGUGUUGGGGAAAAGGAGAGAGAUCCCCCUGAGAGAAAGGAAGGCUUGAUAGUGUGUGACAACAGACUUGCCUCCUCCUAUUUCAGGGGAUAUGAAUCACCGACAUUAAGUAAGGAUUAUGAAGGCUACCCAGCUUUAGCAACGCCAGAUUUUCAACCUGAGAGUACCAUAGGGAAGCUAGACAGAAGAUUAUCUGUUACUGCAGUAGCUAAUCAAAUAAGAGAUGAUAAUUAUAGUGGUGAAAAAGAAGAAUCUAAAUUAGCCUUUGUUUCUCAGGAUGAACAAGAAAAUUCUUCCUUUACUAUACUAUAUGAAGAACCCCUUCAAGAUGAGGAUAGGUGUGCUACUGCAGAAGUAAGAAGAACACACUCUGUCUUGUUUCCUGAGACAUCCGCUGAUGGCAUGCCUGUUUUUGCAUGUGAGAGGUCUGAGAGCAGAACUGACCUCGUCCAUCAUUUUGAAAAGGAUACUAAAUUAGGUGAGACAUCUGAUAGUGAUAGUUCAGAGUCAUUCUUAUCAGUGGAGGCCAAAAGGUACAAAAUUUAUCCCUUAGCUUUGUCUCCCAUUUAUGAAGAUGACAGUUCUCAGGAGGACAUUCUGUCCAGCGAAGUCUCUCCUGGUCACCAUGGCUCCACAAAAUCAAGAGAGAGUGCAAGCCAGCCCUCUUCUGUUUUAUCCCUUCUCCAGUCAGUAUCAGAGCGUUUAAAGAUGAAUUUUGAUGAAGACAGACAGGGAGUAGAGGAAGAGGAGGAGGAAGAAGAGGAGGAGGAGGAGGAGCCAUUACAUAAAGGAAGCCUGAGAGCUAGGAGGAAGGAAACCUUCAAACUGCCAGACCCUUCCAUCGCAUUUUACCCAGAUGAUAGCCAGGAAAGGACUGGAAUUUCUAAGAAUUCAUAUGUAAUGUCAAAUGAACCUACUACCUCCACCCUGCAAGUUGGUCUGUGGCCAGAAAAGACUUCAUUUCUACAAAAAUCUGACCUUACUUCCAAACUACAUUCUUCUUUAAAGAGUGCUUAUCAUCAGUAUUUGCAGACUUCUAAAACCCAUUCCGCAGAGAAAGGAGCCCGAUUUGGUGGGAUUUUUCAGGAACCAGUGUCAAAAUAUUUCCAAGCUCAGGACAUCUCAGGAAGAUUAAGCCCGUUCACAGAGAAUAGUAACAAACAAAUUUUAAGGUGUAACCCAAGACCUGGGAAGAUGGUUAUCUAUGAUCUCCAUGGAAGUAAAUAUAAGCAAGAGAUCUACUGUAGUAUUCCUGAUGCUACAUCAUGGUCCUUUCCGAAUGGGGUACUGAUAAAAGUUGUAAGGGGCUGCUGGAUUUUAUAUGAGAAGCCACAUUUCCAGGGUCAGAAAUGUGUGCUGGAAGAAGGGGAAAAAGUGUUAAAUCGUGACUGGAUCCUUCAGAACAGAAAGCAUCCACAGAGAGACUUUGUAUUGGGUUCUAUCAAACGUGUCUUAAAGGAUUGCAGCAUCCCAGAGAUAGAACUUUGCCCACAGGCUGACCCAGCAUGUUGUCCUAUCCAUAUACAGCGAGCAGUCCCCAAUUUGGAAGAGCUGAAUAUCCCCAAGUCUGUGUCCUUCACUGUGAAGUCAGGAGUUUGGCUUGCCUACCCAGAUAUUAAUUUUAAGGGGCAAGCUACAGUUCUGGAGGAAGACCAUGGACUCUUUGAGAUUUCUGCCACAGAAAUGAAAUCAUUGCAUCCACUUCAAAUGGGUGGACUAAAAGUGGAAAUGCCUAUGAACUUAAAGGUUAUUAUUUAUGAAAAACCUCACUUCCGUGGACAGGCCAAAGAGUUUAGUGAACACAUAGAUUCUGUCCCAAAGUUUUUAAAAAAUAAUGGGGAUUUUCAUGGAAUUGGAUCAAUUCGUGUCAUCGGUGGAGUGUGGGUUGCCUAUGAAAAAGAACAUUUUAAAGGCCAGCAAUUCUUGCUUGAAGAAGGAGAUUUUGAAGACAGUAAUGCCUGUGGGGCAUUAAGUGGCCCCAUCUUGUCUUUCCGGUUCUUACAAGCUAAUUUUAUAGAAUCUUCUAUCACAUUAUUUGACUCUGACCUAGAAAGUGGGAAGUUUAUUGACAUUACAAAUCAGGAAAUUUCUGACUUGGAAGAAGUCGGCUUUGGCAGUGAAACAAGAUCCAUUCAUGUUAAAAGUGGCGUAUGGGUUGCUUACCAGCAGAAGUUCUUUUGUGGAGAACAGUACAUUUUAGAGAAAGGGAAAUACAAAUGCUUUUUUGACUGGGGAGGAUCGAAUAAUAUAAUCAUGUCAAUACGACCUAUCCAACUGGAACCACUUGGAAUAAAUGAGCCUCCACAUUUGCUCAAAGCAUUCAGUAAACCAGGGUUCCAAGGUGAAUGCGUAGAUUUUACAGAAGAAAUUGAUUUGACUUCAUUCACGCCAUGUUCUUUUAAAGUUCUUCGGGGCUGCUGGCUCCUGUAUUACCAAGAGGACAUUUCUGAUAAUCAGUGUGUGUUAGAAGAAGGCCUCUAUGCUGACCUUACUUCCUGUGGCUGUCCAACAUCAAGGGUGAAAUCACUCAAGCCCAUUGAUUAUGUUUUUGAAGAACCCUCCAUUAGCCUUUUUGCUCUGGAACAUUGUGAGGGAAGAGAGCUGCAUCUAGAAGACGCUGUGAACUCCGUUCUGAACAAGGACCUGCACUUUUACACCCAGUCCGUCUGGGUAAAAAGUGGACUGUGGAUAGCUUAUGAAGGAUCCAAUUUCUUAGGAAGACAAAUCUUACUUGAGCCUAAUGAGAUCCCCAACUGGACAGCAUUCAGCGGAUGGAAAACAAUUGGUUCCCUCCGUCCUAUGAAGCAGCCUGCAGUGUACAUCAGGAUAAAGAACCGGGCCCAGGAUGAGUAUCUGACAGUCACUGGCAAUAUUGCUGACACAAGGGCCACCUCCGUGUGCGUUUCUCCCUACAGCGGGAAGACAACUCAGAUCUGGCACUACUGCCGAGGACUCUUUAAAUCCAAGGCCAGUGACACAUGCCUUGAUGUGAUUGGAGGCCGGGACACCCCCGGGGCUAAAGUGGCUCUGUGGACCGAACACGGACAGUUCCGGCAAAAGUGGAGGCUAAACAGAAAUGGCACCAUCAGCUCCUAUCUCAGCGAUCAACUUGUCCUGGAUAUUAAAGGAGGAAAUUAUUAUGACAAGACUCAUGUAAUUGUAAAUCAACCCCUGGAGGGAGAAGAAACACAGAAAUGGGACAUUGAAAUAUUGUGAGAAUCUGCACCAUCUCUAGAAAGAACAAAGAAGGAAUCUCACAUCCCUCAGAAAGGAAUUUACUUAUCCUCAUGGUCCUACAUCACUAAGCAGAAUGAUGUUUUCUUCCAGCUUCUAAGACCAUUGCUCUUAACCAUGGAAACACUCAAGUAUUCUUACCAGUUGUGUAGUGUCCUAUGAAAAGCAUGUUCUGAUUUCUGUGAAAGGUGCUAGUCCUGCUUGGUCUCCAGUGUGUGAUGAGCAAGUUCCCUCAAGUGUGUGUUUUCUCACCUACCUACCAGACACAAGUCCUAUUCCUGACUGUCAUUGUAGGACACUGGUGACUGUCAGCCUGUAUUAGUUAUUAAUAUCCUAGGAGAUGGUAUGUGAGUGCUAAUAAGCACAGGGAAACCAAUUCCUUUAGGUCAAGUCAUCCUUUUGCAAGAAGAUGAAUUUUUUUUAGCAAUGCCUAAAAACAUAUUUAUUAAUAAAGCUUCCUAUUAAGCUGCUGUAUUAGAUAAGCCUUAAAGGUUCUUCUCUACUGAGGCUUUUAUAACUGAAGCACCGUUAAGUAUUCGUACUUGUAACUGACCCCAGGGAAGGACCUCAGCUUUGUUCAGGAAAAAGGUUUGAAUACUGGUAUAUUUUCUAUGGCCAAACUAAAAUAGCACAAAUAAGUUGUGACCAUCCUUGCUCUCUUUAGUAAUAGACGCCCUUCGGGUGACAAGACUAACCAGUGGUCACCUGUCCUGGUGCUGAGACCUCACCCUAGAUUUUGCCUCAUCCUGCCCUCAAGGAGUUGUUUAGUCCCAUUGUUCUUUGUCUGCCUGAAGUAGUAAAGGGAAAUUCCAAAAUGUUUAAAUUAAAGCCAAGCAGUAUUUGAGCCUUGACUAUACCAUUUUACUUAAUGGCUGAAAAUUCAGUUUUUCGUUUCCAUUUUUAAGCAAAAUCAGGUAGGAUAUCAAGUAAUCAUUACCACCUUUAAAAAUUAUACAGUUCUUAAGUUUAAAACCAACUCAGGAGGGAAAAAUACUUAAGUUGAGACAACUGUUCCCUUUGUCCCAAACUUUUACCAAAAAGCAGAAAACUGCUCUAUUUUUAUAUAGAAAGAUUAAAUACUCCAGUGAUAUUUUUAAAUAUCAGCCUAUGAGCACUUUAGAAUGUAAAAUAACAGUGAAUUGUUUAAAUGCAAAGACCCACUAUUUUGAGCAUUUUUUAUAGAGACUUGGUCUUUCCAUGUAAAUACUGAAUAUUUUUCCUUCACUCUCAGGCUUUGUCAUCUUUGAAGCAGCAUCUAUAAAAUUCACAUAUGCCCACAGAUGUGAGUCCUUUCAUUAGUGUGACAGUAUUUAAUAAAACUUAUGUUAUCAGGGUAACUUUAUUUUAAUGGGGGGGAGGGGUUGUGUAUACAUGAAGGUAUGUAUAUUUUCAUUGUAUAAAACCAAUUUAAAAUUUUUCUUUGUGUUAAUUGUUUAAAAGAUUUUUGUAGGGCCAAUGAGGCUCUUUAAAGAAGUUGUUUCUUCCAAAGAACAACGACAAAGCCAGGUAACGACCUUUAACUUUCAAUGAUACAUUUAUUGGAGUUGUGCCUUUUCUACCACACUGGAAUAAAUGAGUUUGCCAGAA